CGUACAAGCGAGUGCUCACAUCUGGAGUGCCUUAAUACGUCAAUACGAAUAUUUAUCGCACGCGAGACGUUCGCGCAAUUUCGCGACAGAAUGUGAUUUACGUGAUAUCCAAAAUCCACGGACUUCAAGAAAAAGAAAUAGACGGAAAACUAGUACACGUGAGGACUUGAAGAGUGAACGCCCCACCAUCGUCUGAGAAUCCUUCGGACGUGAGAAAGUGCACGGUUCCUUUUUUUAAGGUUUCUGUUUUGAACUUUGAACUGCGUAAUCAGCGUGAUUAGCAGAUCGUUCUACGCCGAUUGUAAACGCAAUAAUCUUCAGAGAAAUAAACGUUCGAGAAGAAAUAGAAAUUCGAGAACGAUGGCACCAGGACGGAGUAACGUUGUCAAUAGUAAUCAGCUCAGGAAUUCUAGCUUUUCAACCAGCAUGCCAGGAUCACACUCAUCCUUUCAAACUGGAGCUGGGGCCAUUCCACCUCCAUUGCCGCCUCGCCAACCAGUUCAAAGUUAUUUAGGAUACAACGAUUAUAGACCAUACAGUUCGAAUUAUGGUUACAGCAGUUAUGGAUAUGGAGGUUACGGAGGUUACAGAGGUUACGGUGGAUAUGGAUCUUUUGGUAGUUACAUUCCCUAUUCUGGUAACAGCUAUGGACAAAUUGGAGGACACAGUGGUGAUGUGGAGAACAGGUUUCAACAAUAUGCAGAGGAAAGUACAAGAUCGACUUUUCGUGUAGUAGAGACUGUAUUACACACAUUUUCGUCCCUCACAAUGUUACUGGAAUCAACAUAUUUUGCAUUGACAAAUUCCUUCCGUGCGAUUUUAAGCGUGGCUGAUAAUAUUGGAAGACUGCGGUCAACAAUCGGUCAAUUAUUAAGCACGUUUGCUUUAAUCCGCGUUAUGAAAUGGAUCUAUAGAAGGAUUUUAUUUAUGCUUGGUCUUCAAUCGCAAAAUACUGUCGAAGACUUGUGGCAGCAAUCAAUAUCGCAACUAACAAACAGAGAACAAACACCGAUAACGAUGAUGACGACGACGACGACAAACGAAAAGAUUUCUCCUUGGAUGAAUAUUUUACUCCUCGGUGUAUUUGUCGCCAUUCCAUAUCUAAUUCACAAAAUAACGAGUAAUAUAAGGCAAAAUCAAAUAAAAGUUAAUGAUCCGAAAGAAUGGGUGAAAUGCGAGGAUCCAGUAUGCGUGGCAACAGCGAUGUACGAUUUCAUGGCGGUUUCUAAUGAGGAAUUGAGCCUAAGAACUGGUCAAAAAAUAUGGCUGGCGCCGCGUUCCCUGCAAUCUAAAAGUAUACCAGGUUGGUGGAUAGCCACCGACAAUAGGAACGUCGGUUUGGUACCCGCUAAUUAUGUAACUAUUGUCGGACAAUUGAAAAGAAAACCAGAAUCGGAAAGCAAUGGAAAUGUUAUUACAUCUACGGUAAUACCAACUUCCAUGCAAAAUACGACCGUUUCUGACGAACAGAUGAAUACGGUAGAACCUAGUACUAACCAACAAGAUACAGACUUCUCUGAGAAUAAUAUUAAAGAUGAUUUAUUUUAGUCUAAGUUAAUUGGAAGAUCUCGAUCUAAAUCAUUCAAAUAGUCGCGAAAUGAUAUUGUCUACUUUAAAUAUAUGGCCUACUCAUACAUCUUUAUA